UCCCUGGUUCUAGCCCCGGCGGACCGCCCGGGCCCAGAGGCUAGUGGCGGGCCCGGACAGUUCGGAUCCAGAGGAGCUCGGAAAGACCGCGCACGGAGCUCCCGAGGGCCGCCCUCCGGCUCCCCAAAGUCCGCCGCUUCCCUCCUGGCCCCCGGAGGCUGCGGAGCUGGGGGGGCGCUCGAGCUGUGAGGACCCCGGCUGCCCGCGGGAGGAGGAGCGGGCGCCCAGGAUGGGGUGCGUGAAGUCCAAGUUCCUCCGGGACAGAGGCAAGGUCUCGAAAAGCGAGGCCUGUGCCAACCCACACAGCCCGUUGUAUGUGCCAGAUCCCACGUCCACAGGCAAGCGGCGGCCUGACACCAACAACGGCAACCCCCCAGGGUCCACGGAGGGUUCUAAGGACACCAUCGUGGUUGCCCUGUAUGACUACGAGGCCAUUCACCAUGAGGACCUCAGCUUCCAGAAGGGAGACCAGAUGGUGGUCCUGGAGGAGUCUGGGGAAUGGUGGAAGGCUCGGUCCCUGGCCACCCGGAAAGAGGGCUACAUCCCAAGCAACUACGUUGCCCGCGUUGACUCUCUGGAGACAGAGGAGUGGUUCUUCAAGGGCGUCAGCCGGAAGGAUGCAGAGCGCCAGCUUCUGGCCCCUGGCAACGUGCUGGGCUCCUUCAUGAUCCGCGACAGCGAGACCACCAAAGGGAGCUACUCUUUGUCGGUGCGAGACUACGACCCCCAGCAUCGGGACGCAGUGAAACAUUAUAAGAUCCGGACCCUGGACAACGGGGGCUUCUACAUCUCCCCACGGAACACCUUCAGCACGCUGCAGGAGCUGGUGGCCCACUACAAGAGGAGUGACGGGCUCUGCCAGAAGCUGAUGGUGCCUUGCGUGUCCGCCAAGCCCCAGAAGCCGUGGGAGAAAGAUGCCUGGGAGAUCCCGCGGGAGUCCCUCGAGCUGGAGAAAAAGCUUGGCGCCGGGCAGUUUGGGGAAGUCUGGAUGGCCACCUACAACAAGCACACCAAGGUGGCCGUGAAGACCAUGAAGCCAGGGAGCAUGUCUGUGGAGGCCUUCCUGGCCGAGGCCAACCUGAUGAAAACGCUGCAGCACGACAAGCUGGUGAAGCUGCAUGCUGUGGUCACGGAGGAGCCCAUUUACAUCAUCACGGAGUUCAUGGCCAAAGGAAGCCUGCUGGACUUCCUGAAAAGUAAUGAAGGCAGCAAGCAGCCAUUGCCAAAACUCAUUGACUUCUCAGCCCAGAUUUCCGAAGGCAUGGCUUUCAUCGAGCAGAGGAACUACAUUCACCGAGACCUCCGAGCCGCCAACAUCCUGGUCUCUGCGACCCUGGUGUGUAAGAUUGCUGACUUCGGCCUGGCGAGGGUCAUCGAGGACAACGAGUACACGGCCCGGGAAGGGGCCAAGUUCCCCAUCAAGUGGACAGCUCCGGAAGCCAUCAAUUUUGGCUCCUUCACCAUCAAAUCAGACGUCUGGUCCUUCGGUAUCCUGCUGAUGGAGAUCGUCACCUACGGCCGCAUCCCAUACCCAGGGAUGACAAACCCAGAGGUGAUCCGGGCGCUGGAACGUGGAUACCGCAUGCCCCGGCCAGAGCACUGCCCCGAGGAGCUCUACAACAUCAUGACUCGCUGCUGGAAGAACCGCCCCGAGGAGCGGCCCACCUUCGAGUACAUCCAGAGUGUGCUGGACGACUUCUACACGGCCACUGAGAGCCAGUACCAGCAGCAGCCGUGAUGGGGGGACCAGGGCAGGGCCAGGUGCUGAGGCGAUGCCUGUGAGGUGUCUCCAGCGCCAUCUGCUAGAUGUCCGCUCACCCCCCUCACUCCCAGACACCCACCCUCACUCCAGCCGCAGCUCUUCAUUCGUCAGGUGGGUGGGCUGGACUGGACAAUCUCUCUCUGACUCUUAGCAAUCCACAGUCUGCCAUCCUCAGGAGACCCCAAGUUCUAUUUCUGUUGCCUGGGACAUUUGGAUACCAGUUACAGCUAUGGUUUGAAUAGGAAACUUUAAAAAUAAUGAAAUAAAUAUUUAAAUAAAAGAUACAAGUGCUAAAGGCUUACUGACAGGCUAGCUUUUCUUCUAGCUCCUGACUAUCUAUUUGCCUUUUUGCUGGACAAGUCAGAAAUGGGGAAGACCCCUCCUUGAGACCAGGAGGACAAAGAGAAGUGGAGUAUGAUAUUCAAAUUGCCCCAAAUAGCUGCUGACUGUGUUAGUUUCCUCUUGUUGCUGCAACAAAUCACCACAAACUUGGUGGCUUAAAAACAACACAAAUUUAUUACCUUACAGUUCCAGAAGCGUGAAACGGGUGGGCAGGGCCACGUGCCUUUUGCAGGCACCGGGGGAGAAUCCAUUUCCUUGCCUAUUCCAGCUUCUAGAGGCUGCCCAGUUCCUUCCUGUUCUUCACUCCAAACGACUUCAGUCAUCAUAUCUCUGCCUCUGAGCCUCCUGCCUCCCUCUCCCACUUCUAAGGGCCCCUGUAAUGACACUGGACCCACGUGAAUAAUCCAGACUAAUCUCCCAUUGCAAGAUCCUUAUCAUAUCUGUAAAGUCCCUUUGGCCAUAUAAGGUGACAUCUUCACAAGUUCUGAGAAUGAGGAUAUGGACCUUUGUGUGUGGGGACCUUUGUGCCUAUCACACUGGCACUGGGACUCUGGAUGGGUUUCUGUCUCCAAGAAGCUGGGUCUGCCAGGUGACAGGAAUGACUUUUCAUGCUCUGGGACCCUGACUCUCUGGCCAACCCACACUGCUACACGAGCUGGUGGGUCUCUACCAGCACUGGGGGCAUUGCCCAUGGCCAAGGAGCUACUAUGGCUGCGAAGAUGGUAUCCACCGUUGCAGGAACCCUGGGGUCUGGAGAUGUGGCUGCUGCGAGGCAUCUGGUUGCCUGCGUGGGAAGCUCUCAGUGGACAGGAGGGAGACCUGGGAAGGAAGCAGAGAAGACAUGGAGGCAGGUUGUCACAGCUGAAAGUCAGCUUUUGUUGUGAGGGAAGCAAUGAGAAGAGAUAACAGAGGGAUGGGCACAAAUGAUGCCUUUCUAUAUUAUUGCAUUCCUUGAAGGAUCCACAUCACAGCACCCACCAGGGUCCCUUGGAACCUUAUACGGAACUGAUUCUGUACCCCUGUGUAGCACAGAGUCUUAAUCUUAGAAACUGGAUAUAAAAACAGUGUAUAAUAAAGCUAUCAGUGUUUCAAUUUA